CUCCCUGCCUCCCGCUGAGGUCACUCCGGCCCGAGGGGCGGCCACGGAGCCCCGAGCAGCCCCUCCCGGCGCCUUGCGGACAGCGGGGCCCCAAGAGCCGCUCCCUGGCUAGCUCGGGGACCCAGGCGGCCGCGCUUCCUUGUCUUCCUCUCGCUACGCGCCGCCGGGCUUUGGCGGUGAUGGAGCCUCCGCCUCCGCCGCGUCCUCGCCGGCUGCGUGCGUGCACUCGCGGUCCGCUGCACGAGGGCUUCGGGCUGCCGAUUCCCCAGAAGACAGGAGGGCAGCUGCGCUGGGUCAGCAGGGAAGAGGGCCGGCAGCCGUGCAGGAGGCGGUGGGACUCCCUGCCACUUGCAGCCUGGAUUAAGGCGCCUGCUCAGCAGACAGCGGCCACCCACCCACCCCCUGCUUUCCUCGGAGGAGCUCCCUGGAGUGGCCAGGCAUGGCCCUGCUGGUGCUGGCCUUGGCGCUGGUGCUGGCGGGCCUGGCCAGUGGGCAGGGCUCAGCAGCAGUGCUGGGCACCCUCGACUUGCAGAUCGAUGAGGAGCAGCCGGCAGGCACCAUCAUUGGGGACAUCAGUGCGGGUUUGCCUCCAGGCACUUCCGCCUACAUGUACUUCAUCUCUGCACAGGAGGACAGUGGGGUGGCUACUGACCUGGAGAUUGAUGAGAACACCGGUAUCAUCAAGACUGCCCGUGUGCUGGACCACGAGAGCCGUGGCCACUAUAGCUUCAUUGCCGUCACCCCUGAAGGGAACACAGUGCAGGUCAGUGUGCAGGUCAACGACAUCAAUGAUCAUGCCCCCACUUUCCCCAAGCCCCGAGCCUCCCUCCAGAUCCCAGAACACACCCCGCUUGGUAGCCGCUUCCCCCUUGAAGCAGCCUUCGAUGCAGACAGUGGCUUGCUCAACACCCAAGGAUAUGCCAUCAAGGGGGCAAACGCCGGCCACACGUUCCAGCUGGACACACGUCGUGCGCCCGAUGGAGUCCUCCACCCAGAGCUGGUGGUGGGCAGCCUCUUGGACCGGGAGAUCCGUUCCACCUACACGCUGCUUCUGGAGGCCUAUGAUGGCGGGUCCCCACCCAGGAGCUCCCAGAUGACCUUGGACGUCUCUGUCCAGGAUGUCAACGACAACGCCCCAGCCUUCAACCAAAGCCGCUAUCACACCCUCAUCCCAGAGAACCUGCAGCCGGGCAGCAGCAUCAUGCAGGUCUUUGCCUGGGAUGCCGACGAAGGGGACAACGGGGCAGUGGUGUACGAGAUCAACCGCCGGCAGAGCGACCCGGAGCAGUACUUCACGAUCGACGCCACCACAGGGGUGAUCAAGCUCAACAAGGGGCUGGACUACGAGCUGCGGAAGGUGCAUGAGCUGGUGGUCCAAGCUAGGGACCGGGCCGUGCACCCCGAGGUCUCGACCGCCUUUGUCACCAUCCAGGUGCGUGACUACAAUGACAACCAGCCCACCAUGACCAUCAUCUUCCUCAGCGAGGAUGGCUCCCCUCGCAUCUCGGAGGGGGCCCAGCCUGGGCAGUUCGUGGCCCGCAUCUCUGUCUCGGACCCUGACUACGGCGAGUACGCCAAUAUCAAUGUCUCCUUGGAGGGCGGGGAAGGCAAAUUUGCCCUCACCACCAAAGACAAUAUCAUCUAUCUAAUCUGCGUUGACCAAAUGCUGGACCGGGAGGAACGGGACUCCUAUGAGUUGCGCGUGACGGCCACAGACUCGGGGACGCCACCACUCCGCGCCGAGUCAGCUUUUGUGCUCCAGGUGACGGACAUAAAUGACAACCCGCCCCUCUUUGACGCUCAGGAGUAUGAGCAGACCGUCCCGGAGGUGGUCUAUCCGGGCAGCUUCGUGCUGCAGGUGACGGCCCGGGACAAGGACCAAGGCCCGAAUGGGGAGGUUCGCUAUAGCAUCCUGCAUACCCGCCACACCCAUUCCCAUUGGUUUGCCAUCGAUGCUGCUACUGGCAUUGUCACCACGGCCUCCUCUCUGGACUAUGAGGUCGACUCCCAGCCUCAGCUGACUGUGCUGGCCACGGAUAGAGGCAAGCCCAGCCUCUCCUCCACUGCUGUGGUUCACGUGACGCUGCAGGAUGUCAAUGACAAUGAGCCCGUCUUUGACAGCAACUUCUACAAUGUCUCCCUGAAGGAGAAUGUGCCUCCUGGCACCUGCUUCCUCCAGAUCACGGCGACUGAUGCUGACAGCAGCGCUUUGGGCUCCGUCUCCUAUUCCCUCGGCACCGGCAUCAGCAGCUCUGUCCCCUCUGCCUUCAGCCUGGGGGAGGAGACCGGCCAGCUCUGCACCACCCGAGACCUGGACCGCGAUGAGGGGCCGGCCACCUACGACUACACCGUCACAGCCAUCGAUGGGGGCGGGCUGAGCGCCAUGGCCUACGUCAGGGUCUCCCUGGAGGACGUCAACGACAACGCCCCUGCCUUCUACCCGCUGGAGUACGCCACCAGCAUCAGCACCCAGAGCCAGCCGGGGGCCGCGGUGCUGCGCGUCACCGCCCAGGACAAGGACGAGGGGCUGCACGGGCGAGUGAGCUACCACAUGGCCGCCGGCAACAGCCCGGCUCUCUUUGCGCUGAACCCCGACACUGGCACCAUCUCGCUGCUGCGGACACUGACGGGCCAAGCCGGCAGGCUGCUGCGGCUGGAGGUGGCCGCCCGGGAUGGGGGGGGCCUGGCAGCCCAGCCCAGGGCCCGGGUCAACAUCAGCAUCGUGGCGGGCACCGUCUCCCCGCCCAGCUUUGAGCGGGCUCAGUACUCCUUCACCGUCCCUGAGGAUACCCACCCUGGCAGCCGGGUGGGCGCCAUCUCUGCCCAGAACCCCCCAGGCCACUCGGACAGCGUGUUUUACUCCAUUGCCUCGGGAGACCCCCAGGGGUACUUCGCCAUCGACCCCAGCACGGGGGAGCUGCACACUCGCCUGGCCCUGGACCACGAGACUCAGGCGGCCCUCACCCUGGAAGUGCAAGCCCGGAGCGGCUCCCCGCCCGCCUACAGCAGCGCCCAGGUGCAGAUCGGCGUCUCCGACGUGAAUGACCACGCGCCCACCUUCCCCGCCCCCUCCGACUCGGUGCUGCUGCCCGAGGGGGCUGCCCUGGGCUCCGUCGUGUAUACGGUGCGGGCCGAGGACCGCGACAGUGGCGCCAACGGGCAGGUGCGCUUUGAGGUGGCCCCGGGCAGUGCGGGCCCCUUCACCGUGGAGCAUUUCUCGGGGAAAGUGCGGCUGGUGGGGGCCUUGCAGCGGGAGGGCAGCGCUCCCUACCAGCUGGCCAUCCUGGCGCACGACGGGGGGAGCCCCCGGCUCAGCGCCACCUUCACACUCCUGGUGCACGUGCAGGCGGAAGACGAGCACGGCCCCGUCUUCGACACGCCCGCCUACCGGGUGGAGGUGCGCGAGGGGGUGCCCGUGGGCACGGCCUUCCUGCAGGUGCGGGCCCUGGCCCGGGCCUCCCCCUCCCUGCUGACCUACCACUUGCGUGCCGAUGGCGAUGCCACCAGCUUUGGCCUCGCGCCGGACACAGGGUGGCUGCAUGUGCGCAGCGUGCUGGACCGGGAGGUGCAGGAGCUGCAUGUGCUGACGGUGCUGGCUGUGGCCGGGGACGGGGAGGGCCGCCAGACGGGCACCAGCACGGUGCGGGUCACGGUCACCGACGAGAACGACAACAGCCCCCGGCUCAGCGAGGAGCGCUACUUCUUCCCCGUGGCCGAGAACCGAGCCGCCGGCAGCAGUGUGGGCCGGCUGACGGCCAGCGACCGGGACGCCGGGCCCAACAGCCGCCUCUCCUACCGCCUGCUGCCGCCCGAGGGGGACUUCCUGAUCCACACGCAGACGGGAGAGCUGAGCAUCCGGAAGAGUCUGGACCGGGAGCAGCAAGCCAGCUACCAGCUGCAAGUCGUGGUGCAGGAUGGGGGGACCCCGCCACGCAGCGCCACCGGCACCGUCUACGUCACGGUGCUGGAUGAGAACGACAAUGCACCCUCCUUCCUGCACGUGGCUGAAGGGCGGGAGCUUCUCCUGCAGGUUCUGGAGGAGAAGCCAGCAGGCCUCCUGGUUGCUUCGCUGCAGGCCAAGGACCCCGACGAGGGUGAAAAUGGGACCAUCUUCUAUUCGCUGUCAGGCGCCUGGGCAGAACGCUUUUCCCUGCACGUGGCCACGGGGGAGCUGCGCACGGCCACCACCCUGCGCCAGUCCGACCACAGCGAGUACUUUUUCACCGUGAGUGCCAGUGACCGCGGCAGCAGCCCCCGGAGCACUGCAGCAGCUGUUCGCAUCCAGGUGGUGUCCACAGCCCACCUGCUUCCCUGGCCUGAUACCACGGUGCUGACUCUCUGCCCUGUGGAGGGUCUGCAGCCCGGCUCCAUCCUUGGCUCUGUGGCUCCAGCCGAGCCCCGCUCGCAGGGGCAGGCGACCUACAUGCUGGUGGGGGGCGGCAGCGGGGAGGGUCUCUUUGUGGUGGAUGCUGCCACGGGAGACAUCUACGUGGCACAGGAGCUGGACUAUGAGGCCGGGAUGCGGCACACCUUGCAAGUGAGUGUGGAAGACGCCUUGCAGGGCUACCUCAGCCAGCGGCUGGUCUUGGUGGAGAUUCAUGUGCAGGACCGCAACGACCACGUGCCCGCCUGGCCCCAGGACCCCGUGACCGUCGUGGUGUCUGAGAGCGCCACCCCCGGCAGCUCCCUCUUCACCUUCCAGGCGCUGGAUGGCGACGGCUCCGGCCCCAACAGCCAGCUGCACUACCGCCUCCUGCCCCGGGGAGCGCCGCGGCUGCCCUUCUGGCUGGACGCGCAGAGUGGGGAGCUGCGCCUGCAGGGGGCGCUAGACCGCGAAGCCCAGUCCGCCUACCUGCUGGUGGUGGAGGCCACGGACCAGGCGCUCAACGCCAGCCAGCGCCACUCGGCCGCCGUCACGGCCCACGUCUUCGUCAUGGACGAGAACGACAACGCCCCCGAGUUCCUCUCCCCGUCGCAGGUCACCGUGCCUGAAGACCAGCCCACCGGCUUCCUGCUGCUGCAAGUGGUGGCCAGGGACCACGACCUGGGGGAGAACGGACGCGUCAGCUACCUCCUGCGUGCCGGGAACGCCGACGGGAGGUUCCACCUCAAUCCCAGCACAGGGGCUUUGUCCAUCGUAAGGGCUUUGGACCGGGAAGAGGUGGCCCAGCACAACUUGACCGUGCUUGCCAGCGACCAUGGCUCCCCCCGGCGUUCUGCCACGCAGCUGCUCCUGGUGCACGUGCUGGACGUGAAUGAUGAGGCGCCGGCCUUUGAGAGGAGCAGUUACGAGGUCAGCUUGGCCGAGAACCUGCCCCCGGGUGUCUCUGUGCUGCAGCUGCGUGCCACCGACCACGACUUGGGAGCCAACGGGCAGGUGUCCUACGGGGGCGUCUCUGGGGACGACUUCUCCCUUGACCCUCACACGGGCCUGAUCAGCACUCGGCGCCCGUUGGACCGAGAAGAACACGCAGAGCACCUGCUGACAGUGUAUGCCCGGGACAGCGGCCUGCCCCCCCACCAGGCCAAGGCAACCGUGCGGGUGCUGGUGGCUGAUGACAACGACCACCCCCCAGCCUUCGAAAGGCAGGCUUAUGCCUUGGAGGUCCCUGAGAACCAGAACCACGUGGCACUGAUGGCUGUGCGGGCCACCGACCACGAUGCGGGCGAGAACAGGCACCUCUCCUACCGCUUGGCAGCCGGAGAUCCUGAGGAGGACUUUGCUCUGGACCCCACCUCCGGCCAGCUGUCCACAGCGCGGGGCCUGGACCGGGAGCGUGUGGCCUCCUAUGUGCUGGCCGUCGAGGCCUGCGACCACGGCGCGCCCCCCCGCUGUGCCGGGCAGGAGGUCCGUGUGCGAGUGCUGGACCUGAACGACAACGCGCCCCAGUUUGCCCAGGAAGCCUACGCAGCGGAGGUGCCGGAGGACCUGCCCGUGGGGGCCCUGGUGCUGCAGCUGGAAGCCCUGGACCCGGACGAAGGUCCCAACGGCCACGUCUCCUACUUCCUGGCGAACGAGUCCCUGGGCACCUUCCAGGUGGAGCCAGAGUCGGGCCGCCUGACCAGCACCCAGCCCCUGGACCGGGAGCGCCGGGCCGGCUACAGCUUCCUGGCGUGGGCGGUGGACUCCUCCCCCUUGAGCCCCCAGAGCGCCUCUGUGCGGGUCACGGUCACCGUGCAGGACGUCAACGACCACGCCCCCGCCUUCCCCCUCAGCCCGCUGGCGGUCACGCUGCCCCGCAACACGCCUCCCAAGCGGGUGGUGGCCACGCUCCGUGCCGAAGACCACGACGCGGGGGCCAACGCCUCCAUCCUCUACCGCCUGGCCACGCCCUCGCCAGCCUUCGCCAUCAACAGCUACACGGGAGCCCUCCAGCUGCUGCAGCCCCUGGCGGGGCUCAGCCCGCGGCAGCGCACGCUCUUCGUGCUGGCCAGCGACCUGGGGGAGCCGCCGCUCUCCUCCACAGGCGUGGUGGUGAUCCACCUGCAAGAGGAGAGCUCCCGGGGAGUGCGCUUCCCCCGUGGCACCAGCGACGUGGCGCUGCCCGAGAACGCCGCCCCAGGCACCACCGUGGUGAGCAUCCCAGCCACACACACGGCAGGCUCGUCCGGCCGGAUCACCUACAGCCUCGUCAGUGGCAACGAGAAGGGAGCCUUCCACAUCCAGCCCAGCUCAGGUGUGGUCUCGGUGCGCAGGCCCGGGAGCCUCGACUUUGAGCUGAGCGCUCGCCUGCGCCUGGUCCUCCAGGCAGAGACCCCCACCUCCUUCGGCUUCAUGGCCGUCAACGUCCACCUGCAGGACGUCAACGACAACCAGCCCCGCUUCCAGCUGCAGCACUACGUGGCCUUCAUCUGGGAGGCCCAGGGCUACGACUCACCUGUCAUCCAGGUCGUGGCCGAGGACCUGGAUCAGGGCCUCAACGGCCAGGUGACGUACAUGAUCAACCAGACCCUACCCAUGAAUGGACUGUACCACAUCAACCCCCAGACAGGAGCCAUCACCACAGCGGCCAUUCUGGACAGGGAGAUCUGGGCCCAGACACGGCUGGUGCUGACGGCCACAGACAGGGGCAGCCCCCCCCUCGUGGGCUCGGCCACGCUCACCGUGGUGGUGAUGGACGUCAACGACAACAGCCCCACCAUCCCUGCGCCCUGGGAGGUGCGGGUGCCUGAGAACGCUCUGCUGGGCACGGAGAUCACCAUGGUGACGGGCAACGAUGUGGACUGCGGCCCGCAGCUCUCCUACCUGCUGGUGCUGGACAGCAGUGCCGGGGGCACCUUCGGCAUCCUGCGCUACGGGGGGCGUGUCCUGCUGAUGGCGCCGCUCGACUAUGAGCAGCGCAGCCGCUACACCCUGACCGUGCGCGCCAGCGACUCCCAGCAUGAGGCCGAAGCCAACGUCACCGUGCUGGUGGACGACGUGAACGACAACGCGCCCGUCUUUCCCCAGGCCCUGUACCAGGUGCUGCUGCCCGAACACACCCCAGCGGGCAGCACCAUCCUCACCCUCAGUGCCACAGACCUGGACUCUGGCGCCAAUGGAGAAGUCACCUACGAAUUGGCCACGCCCAGCCACGCCCUCGCCAUCCACAGCAGUAACGGGACGCUGUUCACCACGCAGCCUCUGCUCCUGGAGCCAGGGUGCCCCACACUGGACAUCCUGGUGGGGGCUCGGGAUGGGGGCUCACCCAGCCUCUCCGCCUGGACCACGGUGCAGAUCCAAGUGCUGGACGUCAACGACCACGGGCCUCGCUUCCUGAAGCCGCACUACAACGCCUGCGUGCCCGAGGACCUGCGGCCAGGCACCACCUUGCUGACCCUGGAGGCCGUGGAUGCAGACGUGGCCCGGGAGAACGCAGCCCUGGACUAUGCCAUCAUCAGCGGCAACAGCGGCCACGCUUUCCAGCUGGAGGGCCGGGUGGGAGGCGUCAGCACCCUGGUGCUGGUGGAGCCCCUCGACUUCGAGGCUGUGGCCGUCUACAACCUGACGGUGGUGGUGUCUGACCGGGGAGUGCCCCAGCACAGCGCCGUGGUGCCGGUGGUGCUCACGGUGGUGGACGUCAAUGACAACCCUCCCCUCUUUGGGCGGCCCGCCUACCACAUGGCUGUGAGCGAGAGUGCCGCCCCCGGCGUGGAGCUGCUGCGGGUGGUUGCCCACGACCCAGACUCGGGCCCCCAUGGGCAGGUGCGCUACAGCAUCAGCUCCGGAGACCCCGGGGGCCUCUUCCAGCUGCACCCAUCCACGGGGGCACUCCGCCUGGCCAAGGCCCUGGACUGCGAAGCCCAGGCCCAGCACGCCCUGGUGGUGCAGGCCUCCGACGGGGCCGGCGGUCACUUUGCCCUCACGUCCGUCACCAUCGAGGUGAAGGAUGUCAAUGACAACCUCCCCUACUUCCCGGUCGAGGUGCUGAGCACCAGUCUCCGAGAGAACCUGCCGCCCGGCAGCCUGGUCACCACCGUGCGGGCAGUGGACCCCGACGUGGGGGUCUUUGGGGAGCUGCGCUACAGCCUGCGGCAGACCGAGGGCUGGGACGCCUUCGCCAUCAACAGCAGCUCCGGAGAGCUGCACGCCCGCCUCCCCUUCGACUACGAGCGCACCAAGGCCGUCCAGCUGCUGGUGCAGGCCACGGAUGUCGGCAACGCCUCUGCCACGGCCACCGUGCGCGUCCUGGUGACGGGGGAGGACGAGUACGAGCCAGUCUUCCUCAGCCCCGCCUUCAGCUUCGAGGUGCCGGAAGGGGCCCGCCGCGGCCAGCCCAUCGGCCACGUGAUGGCCACGGACGAGGACGAGGGCCCGGACGGGGUGGUGCUCUACAGCCUGACCAGACCGUCCCCCUUCUUUGGGAUCAACCAGACCAGCGGCACCCUCUACCUGCGCAUGGACAGCCAAGUGCCCGCAGGGGGGCCUCCCAUGCCAGAGCCCCGGGAGAUGGUGCUGGAGGUGCAGGCCCACGGCCCCCUGCCGGCCUCGCGCUCCGCCUCCACCCAGGUGACCAUCGAUGUGACCCACACGUCCUUUGGCCUGGCGCCUGACUUCAACUUGCUCCUGGUGGUGGCGGUGGCCGCCUCCCUCGGCGUGGUGGUGGUCUUGGCAGCCGUGGCCAUUGUGCUGGCCCUCGCACGCGCUCGGCAAGGCCACAGCCCCAAGGAGGUGGACCUGGCCUGCGAGCAGAGCGGCUCCAUGCAGAAGCUGGGCCACGCCGAGCCAGGCCUGCCUGGUGGGACCUGCCUGUAUCACGAGGCACUGCCUGGCUACGGCCCGGAGCCCCCCGGCCCCUAUGCCAGGGGCGGGUCGCUGGACCCCUCCCACUCCAGCGGGCGAGGCUCCGCAGAGGCAGCCGAGGAUGACGAGAUCCGCAUGAUCAACGAGUGCCCACACGUGGCCAGCAUCGCCUCUUCCCUGCAGGAGCACCUGGCUGCCCGCGGGCCCGACUCCGGCAUCCAGACGGACGCCGACCGGCUCUCCGACGUCUCCUGUGAGCCCGCUGCCCUCGACGCCGCCCACUGGUUCAAGAGCAGGAAGGGGGCCGGCCUGCUGCUGCCUGGGCAGCCCCCACAGCUCUACCGGGAAGGCGGCGGUGGCAGCAGUGGGGCCUACCUGGGUGCUGGCUGUGGCCUCAGUGUCUCCUCCUCCUCCUCCUCCUCCAAAGACUACUCCUUCCCAGAGGACGGCAAGCCCUGCGUGGACGGCUCCCUCACAGCCAUCGUGGCCAGUGACGAGGAGCUGCGGGGGAGCUACAGCUGGGACUAUCUGCUCAACUGGUGCCCCCAGUUCCAGCCGCUGGCCAGUGUUUUCACAGAGAUCGCCCGCCUCAAGGAUGAGAGCUCCUUGCGCCAGCCCUUCCCCAGCAAGCCCAAGCCCCGCAUCGACCCACCGCCCCUCAUCACCUCGGUGGCACACCCUGGCGCCAAGUCCGUGCCCCCUAAGCCCGCUGUGGGGCGGGCAUUCCCACACCUGUCCUCGCUGCGCCGUUCCCCCCUCAGCCACGAGGGCUCCCUCUCCUCAGCCGCCAUGUCUCCCAGCUUCUCCCCCUCCCUGUCCCCCCUGGCAGCCCGGUCCCCGGUGGUCUCGCCCUUCGGGGUCUCCCAGGGGCCCUCGGCCUCGGCCAUCAGCACCGAGCACUCCUUGGAGACCCCGGAAGAGGCAGAGCUCCGCAUCUAGGCUGGCCUCUGCCUCCUGGGGCCGGGAGACCCCCUGAACACACCCGCCGGCCUCCCAGGGGGCGAUGGAGGGGAAGGGGGCGGAUGGAGCACCCUGGGAAGCGCCGAGGCUGCUGGAGCCAAGAGGACGUUGCCCACAGGCUGCAAGGACCACGGCCCUCCAGCCCCUCCGUCACGGACACCAGUUGCCCCCCUCCCCACGAGUGCUCUGCGCCCCCUCCCCCCACUGCACAGUUCCAGCACGCAGCCCGGCUUCACUCCGCGCCUCGGCUAGAUCAGCCAGAUCGGGGUGCAGGGUGGGGGGAGUGGAGCCCCCCACCCCCGGAGCCUCUCUCAGCCCCCACUGCCUCCCUGGCACCCACUUGAUGGAUUUCUGCCGGCCCAAACCACUCCUGGGGAGUGAGUGGCCACCAUGGCGUGGAGAUGCAUCAUGAGCCCCCGAGACCUUCACAGACUUGGCACCACUGCCUAGUGGGCGGCCAAAAGGAGCGGGGGGCGCGGGGGGGGCACCAGUCAAGAGAUGCAGAUGCGACAAAGGGCACGGGGGGGGGGGCUGCUCUCCCUGGCCAGACUGGCACCCUCAGCCCCACUCCCCUCCUCCAGCUCCCCCCCCCCGGCUCCCAGGAGCCCCACACCCUGUUCUUAUUGCAUGGAGCACACCAGCGUCUGCACAGACCUUGGGGGGCUGGUCCCCCCCACACACCCACAUGCCUGGGAAGAGGGCACUUCCGCCUCCAUUGCUCUGGAGGCCCCGCAGGUGCCCAGGAAGGAAGGAAGGGUGGCCCCCAGCAGCUGGCCUGAGCUGGAGGGGCAGCUUUCACGCUCCUGUCUUGGGCGGGGGGGGUGGCGGCUCCUGCACAGCCCAACGACCGGCCGCUUGCCGAAGCCACAGGCCCUUGCUUGGAGCUCCGGCUGCCCCCCACUCCAGGCCGGCCACAGGAUGGAUCAAGGUGCCGGCUCCAGCCAUCCCGAGUCCCUGCAUGUAGAGAGCAAGCCUGGCAGGCACGGUGGGGGGGGGCUCAGACAGCCCUAGCCAAUGGGAGUGGCAGCCAGGAGAGGAAGGGACUGGCCAUGAGUUGCGGGGAGGCAGGCAGGAGGGCCUGGCCAGCGGGAGGGAGAGUCCCCGGAGAGCUCUUGCGUGUGCAUCGGGCCUUCCCAGGGCCUGCGGCUGCACUCCUGGGAAAGCUCCACCGGCUGGAUUUCUGCCUGCCAUGCAGCUGUUGAGAGCAGAAGACUCCUGCCAGGAACAUGGUGGCGAGAGCUGCAGAGCCAGGCCUGGGGCGGGGGGGGCUGUGCCGGGCUGGCUUCCAUGGCUGGAGGCACAUCCUGUGGGGCAGGCUGCCUGAGCAGCCCAGGGCUCCGGAAGCAGAGGGGUGCCCUCCAGGCCGGCCUGCCGGAGCCCACGAGGCCCUUCAGCCGGAGAGACCCAAAGCACACCGGCCCCCACCCCCCUCCGCCCCGGCUGAGCCUCUUUUAUUUAUUGUAGUCUCCCCCCCCCACCCGCACCCCCUUUCCGACCUUUGUAUCUUUUUGUACCCCCCUGAGCUGCAUGAGUCUCUGGCCCUCCCUGAGGGGGAACCAGAUCCCAAGUGCCAACUUUUUGAAGUAAUGCCUUAAUAAACCACACCACGUUUCUACA